ACAGACGCACCGGGAGAGCUGGACGAGCAGAGAGGGGACAAGCUCUAUCGUGGAAAUGGAAGCCUCGCGAUACGUUUUUCUCCUGGUUUGCGCCUGCUUUGUUUAUCAAGCUCAAGGACGUAAAACAUUCAGUGACAUGUUCCCCCACAAGCAUGCAGUAGCAGGAAAGUUGCCAUUUCCAAUUCCACCAAUACCUGGCUGGGAUCCUGACACCAAUCCAUGGGAUGAUUACCUCUAUCCUCCACUAAACCCAAAGCCAAAAGAGCUCAUGCACCACAGAGGUAAACCAAAGGUUCGCCUGACCAGCGACAGUCCAGCUCUCAAUGGCUCUUGCAUCUCUUUCACUGCAAAGCUGGAGUACCCUCCAUGCCAGAAGGAGGAUGCCAGCGGGGACCUUGUAUGGGAUGAGCACUGCGAGGACGGUACGGAGCUGGAGGCCUCAGCCAAUGGACAGGUGCAUUCUGGCUAUGUGUAUAACUGGACUUCCUGGUUGGAUGACUACGGCUUUGGAAAGUGUAUAGACAUAAAGAAAUGCAAUGUGUUCCCUGACGGGAAGCCCUUCCCUCAGAGAAAUGACUGGAGACGCAAGAGCUAUGUCUAUGUGUGGCACACAAUGGGCCAGUACUACGAGACAUGCGAUGGCUCGUCCUCCAGUGUGACCAUCAACACCACCAACAUCCCUCUGGGGGCAGAGAUCAUGGAGGUCAUGGUCUACAGGAAACGUGAGCGCAGGAAGUACAGCCCCCUCACCAUUGACAACACAGUCUUCUAUGUCACAGAUGAGAUACCGGUGGCAGUCAGCAUCUCCCAGAAGGCUGCGGCCAACCAAUCUGAGAAUGUUUUCUUUCGCGGUGAGGAUGUGGUCUUCAAAGUCCAGCUCCAUGACCCCAGCGGCUACCUCAAAACCGCAGCUGCCAUUGACUACAUCUGGGACUUCAGAGAUGGCAACCAGCUGGUAACACACCGCAAUGUGACCACACACACUUAUAGCAGGCUUGGAAACAUGAGUGUGAAGUUGGUGGUGGAGGCAGCCUUUCCUAUAGAGUGUCCACCCACAGCUGCCACCCCGACUCAGAGGAGCUCCACGCCACCACCCCCCACAGAGGUUCCCACUCACGCUGUUACCGUCAUGAGUGAGACCACACAGGCACCAUUCAGCACCAGCCAACCCGCCCCUUCUUCCUCUUCCAUUGAUUGGACUUCAGACAUGCCCACCACGGAGCCUGUCCCCCCUACUGUAGUCAGUGUGACCCCCUGGCUCCGAACCAGGCGCCUCAACAGCAGAGAGUGCUUCCGUUACGCUUAUGGCACCUUCACGGGCAACAUCACCAUUAUUGAGCCCAAGUACGCACUGAAGAGCCAGCCGAACAGCCGCAUUGUGGACGUAUCGGCUUCCCGAGUGACCAACACUGACAUCAGCUUCCUGGUGAAAUGUCUGGGCAACAUCCCCACUUCGGCCUGCACCAUUGUGUCAGACCCCAGCUGUACUCAGGUGCGAACCAUUAUGUGCGAUGACGUGCCACCGUCGUCGGAGUGUGAAGUGCGUCUCAGGCGAACAUUUCGGGAGCCUGGCACCUACUGUGUCAACAUAACUCUGGAGGACUCCAGCAGCCUGGCCCUGACCAGCACCACCAUCACCAUCAACAAGUCCCAGUAUUCACCUGUGUCAAAGACUUCUCAUGCUACAGAGGUGGUGCUCUCCUCCACUGCUGUGCUGAUGGCUGUCUUUGCAUUCAUUGCCUAUCUAUUCUGCAAGCGUUACAAGGUGUACCGUCCCAUUCGUAGGCCACUGGUAGAGGACGCAUGCGGCCAUGCUGGGGUCGGCGGUCACAUGGUCCGUCUGAGGGAGGCGCUCUUCCCCUCCAGUGAGGAGAGCCACCACCUGCUUACUGAGAGAGACCGCCUGUAGGCUUUAUUGCGCUACACCAAAGCAUUGUUGACCUUAAAGGCACAAAUACACAUCUAAGCAUGUAAUUAAAAAAAUCAAGAUAGCAGGAAUACAUUGAUGUCUGUAGAGAAAUAGUAAAUAAUACUAAUAAUAAUCUGUCUUGUCUGCAUCUUAAUUUAGUUUUUCAGAGUGUUGCCAGCAGCAAAUGGCUAAUACAGCAGUAUAUGACGGGUAGGAUUUAUACUAAAGAGGCUGUUAAAUGUCCGACUGUGUGCUGCUUCUUUUGAUCUCCUUGUGCUGGCUCGUCAUUGGAUAAAGUGUUGCCAGGAGAUGAAUUGGGUUCAAGUCAUGGCUGUUUUCUGUUCCAAAGAAAUCCUUUUGUGCACAUUUUUGUCAAGCAGUGCUUUUUAACACUGUGCUUUAUAUACUGUAAUCACAGUUCAGUAUGAAAUCCUUGAGAUGGUUAUGCGAUAUGGAAUUUACAUUGACGCGUGCAUGCUUGUCCUCAGUUGAGUGAAUUAAAAGUACUAUCAAAAUCUGCAAGACUGAAAAACUAAUUCAAGGUAUUCAAUGGGAACUUGACAAGGUCUCUAAUAAAAGCAGUCAACUAACCACUCAUCUUUUGAAGAUAUUCUCACACUCGUCUCUUCAGGACAAGUGACACAGAAAUACUGACUUCAACUUUUAACUCCCCUCAAUAAUUUUAAGCAAGGUUGAAUCUAUUAAAAGCCUAUAUGGCAGCGACAUAUCCACUGCGGCAAAAUAGCUAUCCUAUAGCGUAUCUGUGCCACUAUAUUUUUACACCCAAAUUCUGACCAGGUGACACUGACAAAAUGAGAAGCACGUGGAAAAUACCUGAUUUUUGAGUGUGCAGAUGAUCUGAACUGUUUCCCCACAAUACACAAUGGAACUGGCAGAGCUUCUUAAAGCUGAGGGGGAAAAAAAGUACUUAUUCUGGGUAUUUUCAAACAAAUCCAAGAACAGCUCAGAAAAUGAAAAAAAAAAUUCUCUCUCCCUUUGUCAAGUUUAAUUGCUGCUGCCUUUUUAAAGUCUGUUUGAUUCGUUUGCGUGGCACAUUGCAUCAUUUCCUGUUUGUACUAAACAAAUAUUUGUAAGGUAAAAAUGUUUAUUUCCUACAUACCAACCUUAAGAAAUGUAUACGAAAGAGUAGUAUGGAUUUUUAGACAUAGAUGUUGAUUGUACAACAUAAUUCCAGUCCAUAGUAUAAUUCUCAACUGACUUUCAGCAAGUUCUAACAAGAAUAAAAACCCUUGCAGUGUUUCUCAGAAUCAGCAACUUUCCAUCCCAGUCAGAGAGAUGUUGCUACUUGUCUUUCCUUGUGGU